UAACCUUGUGAGGCGGGUGGUACUAACGCAGAUUGAACAGAAACUUUGCUAAAAGUGAUGAAUUCCAAAACGAGGACAUAGAAAUGUCAACUGAACACCGGCGAAAAGAUAAGAUAACCUUCUUUUCCAAUAACAAAAAUGACAGCAAACAAGAAAAAGAUAGCUCAAAAUGGCAUUUUUACAAAUGUGGAUUAUAUGGAAUUCGUGAUAGGUGGCGCUGCAUCUUGUGGGGCCGUCUGCUUCAGUAACCCAUUGGAAACUGUUAAGACUCGGAUGCAAUUACAGGGGGAACUGAAGGCAAAGGGACAUUAUGCAGUCACAUACAGGAAUGUAUUUGAUGCAUUCAUAAAGAUUGGACGACAUGAGGGAUUGAGGUCUCUCCAAAAGGGCCUUUCCCCUGCAUUAGCAUAUCAGUUAUCACUGAACGGCACACGAAGAGGCAUAUAUCAGGCAAUAGUAAGCGCUGGUUUCGUAGAGACCAAACCUGGAGGUGGCACAAACUUGUGGGCUAGUACGAUGGCGGGUGGAGUCGCAGGAUGUAUUUCAGCGUGUAUUUCUAGUCCUUGGUUUAUGUUCAAGACCCAGUUCCAGAGUGAGGCUGCGUCUGCGAUAGCAGUUGGUCACCAACGUCAUUACGCUAGUCUCAGACAGGCUGUAGCUCAAGUGGUCCGAGAACAAGGAUUCAAGGGGCUAUACAGGGGUGCGACUGGCAUCACCAUACGAGUAACAUGUGGUUCUGCAGCCGAGAUGCCAUCUUUUGCCCUCACCAAAGAAUUCUUGGACAAAUAUCAAAUUAUGGCUAAAGGUACUUUCAUGAACGCGGCAGUAUCAAGCAUCAUUAGUGGAAUAGCAGUGACUGUAGCAAUGUGUCCUUUUGACGUGGUGACAACAAGGCUGUAUAACCAGGGGCUGGACGCCAAGGGAAAGGGACUUCUAUAUGACAAUUUCUUUGAUUGUGUAUGGAAAAUACUCAAACAAGAGGGGCCAUUUGGGUUUUAUAAAGGAUUUGGUGCUCUGUUAUUUAGACUUGGACCUCAUACUUUACUUAGUUUAAUGCUCUGGGACGCGAUGAGAGUUCGAUACAACAGAUACAAAUUACGUGACCUACCUUCAGAAGAAAUCAAAGUAAAAAUUUAAAAAUGUCUCGUUCGUUCGUUCUCUUAUUACGUGUAUUCAAAUAUACAUGAAUUAUUCCACUAUACUUUAAGGAUAUUGUAAACGAU